CGAUCGGUCCUUCUUAUAUCUUCUUCCCUUCCCCGACGACGGCGUCACCUCCCCUCGUCCUCACCCCUGCUUCCCCGUCCGCGUCUCAGCGCCUCGUUCGCCCAAUUCUCGUCCGGCGUUUCCAUCCCCCUCACCACCACCACCACCCCCCCCACCUCACAUACUCGCCUCGUGCGGGCCCUCGGUCGACCAUCCUUCGCCAUUCCCUCCGAAUUGUCCCUUCAAUCCAGCAUCCUUAGAAUCAUGGCGGUCCGCGCUCAAUUCGAGAACUCCAACGAAGUGGGUGUUUUCUCCCGUCUUACCAACUCGUACGCCAUUGUUGCCAUCGGAGCCUCCGAGAACUUCUACAGUGUAUUCGAGGCCGAACUGCAAGAUGUCAUCCCCAUCUGCCAUGCUACCAUCGCCGGAACUCGGAUCGUCGGCCGUCUAACAGUCGGCAACCGCAACGGCCUCUUGGUGCCCACCACCACCACAGACCAAGAACUGCAACAUCUGCGGAAUACAUUGCCAGAUUCGGUGAAGAUUCAACGGAUAGAAGAACGUCUCUCGGCGCUGGGAAAUGUCAUUUGCUGCAAUGACCAUGUGGCAUUGAUCCACCCGGAUCUGGAGCGAGAAACCGAAGAGAUCAUUGCGGACGUCCUCGGAGUCGAAGUAUUCCGCCAAACUGUCGCCGACAACGUCCUGACCGGCUCUUAUAUGGCCCUCUCCAACCAGGGUGGUAUCGUGCACCCCAAGACCUCGAUCCGUGAUCAGGACGAGCUUUCCUCGCUGCUGCAGGUGCCUUUGGUUGCCGGUAGUGUUAACCGCGGUAGCCCCGUCGUGGGUGCCGGUAUGGUUGUCAACGACUGGUUGGCCGUGACGGGUCUGGACACGACGGCCACCGAGCUGAGCGUGAUGGAGAGCGUGUUCCGGCUGGGCGAGAUGGGCCCUCGCGGUGUCGGCAUGGGCGGUGCCAACAAGGAGAGUAUCGUGGAGAGUUUCUACUAAACUCCCCGAUCAGAAGUUGGUGGAAUCAAUAUUUUCUGUGACGAUUUUUCUUACGCUCUGCCCCUCGGACCCCCUCUCUCUUUUUCUUUUUUUCUUUUUUUUUUUU